ACCGUUUGGACCAGGGAUGUGACGUCUGGCUGCCCUCAUGUAUGGUGUAUUCAACAACCAUAAAGAUCGGUCCACAGAGAAAAGGAAAAGUAGCCUAAUUUAAAUAUUCACAAAUGUGCAAUUGCUAGUAACAGAAUGUGCUUGUAAGAAUAGUAUAUACAUAAACAGAAAAAAAGAUCGACAGUCGACUUGCCUUGUUUUCCUUUUAUGUUAUUUCAGACUUUGACAAGGCAUUUCUGAGGAUGGCUGGGGCAACUUUCAUGCGAUAUGCUGGACGGACUGUCCUUUGGGUAACUGGUAACGGGAUCAACAAAUUCAGAGAGCGAAAUCGACAAUUCUGCACUGCGGCCAGAAAGACCACCCCAUCUUGCAAUAUAAAUUGUAAAAUCCGAAGAGCAGCAUUCCUGUUCAGCAUACCUUAUCUGAGCCAUGAAGCCUACAAGAGAGUACAUAGUACAACUAUAGUCCAUGCUUUAGAUAAAGCUGAAGAGGUUUUGGAGCAAGCUGAUUAUCUGUACAGCUGUGGAGAGACUGAGAAACUAUAUCCACUUUUGCUGCGGUAUCAGAACAGCAAUGACGCAGAGUACUUGUGGAGACUAGCACGAGCAUCUCGGGAUCUCUCCCUCCUCUCCAACAUAACUGCAGGGGAGAAGAAGAGGCUUACGUUUGAGGCCUUUGAGUACGCCAAGAAGGCCCUUGAAAACAAUGAAGCUAGUUUUGCUGCACACAAGUGGUAUGCCGUGUGCCUUAGCGAUAUAGGAGACUAUGAGGGGGUCAAAGUGAAAAUAGGAAACUCAUAUAUAAUAAAAGAGCAUUUAGAGAGAGCCAUAGCGCUUAAUCCAAAAGAUGCCACGUCUAUUCACAUUAUGGGGCAUUGGUGUUUUGCUUUUGCCGAGUUACCUUGGUAUCAACGCAAAGUGGCAGCUAUGAUUUUUGCAUCGCCUCCCACAGCCACUUAUGAAGAGGCUUUGGAAUUCUUCCUGAAAGCAGAAGAAGUUGAUCCUAACUUUUACAGUAAAAAUCUGUUGAUGCUGGGGAAGACAUAUAAGGCAAUGAAGGACACAGAGAGUGCUGUGCAAUGGCUCAGCAAAGCAAGGGACUACACCCCACAUACUGAGGAGGACAAGGAGGUCAAUAAAGAAGCUGUUGAGCUCCUGAAGAAUCUGAUUGCGUGAAGUGACCAAGUAGUUUGGCGACAGGGAUGAGUGCAUUGUAUGACACUGUUUAAAAAUUAAAAUCUAACUACUACAACUGAAAAAAUAUGUAUAUACAUAUAAUUCAAAUUAUAUUAGAUUUCAUAUGAAAUAUAUAUUUAAAUAGUUAAAUAGUGUACCCUAAUACAAAUUUGAUAACCUUUCCUCAAUCUAGAGACUGGAAUGAUCUGUAAACGGAGGCCAUGAUAUAUUGGGUUUGAAAGGUAAAAGGUAUGAUUGCAAGUUUUGCAGCUAAGUUUGAUUAAAGUCUAAAUGUAUAUCAAUAACAAAGGUUAUUUAAGGGGUGUAGCUUCUUUUUAAAAUGGAGCGCUCAACCAUCAGCAUGAAAGUGGGAUAAGUACUUUUUUUUCUGAUUCCUGUGCAGAAGUUGCUUCCCUGCAUCCCACAAUGAAAGCUUGGAGUGCCAGGUUAUAGGUUUAUCACAAACUAAUCAUACAUUCGGGUUAAAAUAUGAUUUAGAAAUCAGGAAUUCUAUACACAUCUCCAGUAUAGAGGAUGUUCUGUACAGUGUAGUCUUAACAAUGAGUAUUAACACACAAUAUCCAGAUUCACACAAUAACACAGAAUUCAUCCAGGAUACAAACAAGGCCUGUCAACAAUUGUUUUAUUGUAAUAAAACAAUGAAGUAUGUUAUGUUGAAUUCACCGUUAUGUUGAACCAUGAACUCACAGUACAAAUACCAUUGUACCAUUACACCCGUUAUGUUUUGUAAAAAAAAUAAAUAAUAAUAAUAAUAAUUAUAUGUAGAUUUUUGGGGGGGAUUAUUGAUUAUUAUUGAAAGGAAGCAUGUUAAUAUUACUGUGUUAAUUUGAUUUACUUCGUUCCCUCUACAUACAAUAGUGAUUACAAAUGUUCCUCCUCUGUGGCACGAAUACGUAUACACACGGCUAAUUAACUUUACUGAUCACAAGAGAUGGGUUUUCAGUGAUUUGGCCAGAACCAUAUAAAGAAAGUACUAUAGAAAGCCGUGUUGUGUAACAGGUACAACAAAUAUUUUCAACAUUGCCAAAUGCUAGGACUGCAUAAUCAUGACUGGCAUGUCACUUUUGCCGAAAUGACAAGAGCUAUUGCAAAAUAAAAACAUUGAACUCCCUUUGGAUUGAUAGCUGAAGGUAUGUUUACUCGACAUGGAAUGGCUCACAGCUCAUUUUAUUAGGCCUGUUGCAUGGUAUAGACUGCUACACAUACCAAGCAGGUGUGCACUCCUGUACCUGUUCUGUGGUUUAUACUUUUAGAAUUUCAUGAAGGAGUUUUCUUUACUGCAAAACAAAAUCCCAUCUAAAGACUACUGAACUGUUACUAAACAGGGAAAGUAAAAGUUUGAAAGUGGCCUUCAUACAAAAAUAACUACAACAUAUGCCAUGUGUUGACGUAUGUUGAGGAAAUGUUUUGCCUCCUUGGCAAUUCAAUAAAGUCUGUGUUUGAAUGUU